AUGCUACCUCCGCAAGGUCCAUUGCACGCUGAAGUGUUACGACCACUGUGGGAGACGCUCACUUUUACCAUAGCAUAUGGGAAGCAUGUGGCAGUUGAAUACCGCAUACCAAAAAUAACACCUCUUAAGGUUGUCGUUGCGAAAUGCGAGAAGCACAAAGUUAAAGAAGUAGAUGCUAGAACUCUCUACAGAAAAGCGAAAAAACAAGAUAUGGAGAUAUGGAAAGCUGCUGAACCACAUCCGAUAAUCUUAACCACAGUAGAAAGAACAGACCCACAGAUGGUGAAACGUAUACGGCUUGAGCAGAAUCCAUUAUUCGAUCGGAUGCCACCUUGUUGCAACGUCGCUGAAGUUGACCUUCUCACCACAGAACAAACCACAUACAAAACAAAGACUAGCACCGGAGAAACGACACAAGUGGAAAAGCAUACAUACGUCGACCACCAGUUGAUUCAGAAAUGGGAAAAUAUGGUUCACGUAGAAAAUCGAAGACGACGGGUCGACUAG